ACCUAUGCUAUUUUCAGAUUAACAUAUGAUUGGAUUCUGAGGCGGUAAAGGGGAAGCGUCCUUUUCGUGAUUGAUUGCAAGGCGGCCAUCUUUGAUUAAAAACACAAGACGGCCAUCUUUGUUUUGUCAGCUGGCGAGGCUUAAACAUGACUUUGGAUGAGAAGGAGUUGGUUGAGGAGGUGCAUGACGUCACCAGACUCAGAGCUAGGAAGGGAGCCCUGAAGAAGAAGAAUGUAUCCGAGGUUAAAAAUCAUAAAUUCAUUCCUCGCUUCUUUAAACAUCCAACAUUCUGCUGUCACUGCAAGGACUUUAUUUGGGGGUUCGGCAAACAAGGAUUUCAGUGUCAAGUUUGUAGUUUUGUGGUGCACAAGCGGUGCCAUGAAUUUGUUACGUUUGUAUGCCCUGGAAUCGAUCGCGGUGCGGACUCUGAUGAUAAUCGAACCAAACAUCGGUUUCGUGUUCAUACCUAUGCUAGCCCGGCAUUCUGUGACCAUUGUGGCUCCUUACUGUAUGGACUCAUACAUCAGGGGCUCCAGUGUGAAGCAUGUGAUAUGAACGUGCACAAGAAGUGUACUGAGAGCGUACCUAAUCUUUGUGGAUGUGAUCAUACAGAACGACGUGGAAGAAUCCGUCUUAACAUCAGCUGUGCAGGAAACAAGUUGACCUGCACAGUAGUGGAAGCAUGUAACCUCAUCCCCAUGGAUCCUAAUGGACUUAGUGACCCAUACGUGAAGAUCAAGCUAACCCCUGAUAAUGGGGACGGGGUGAAGAGGAAGACGAAGACCAUCAAAGAGACUCUCAACCCGACUUGGAAUGAGGACCUAAGAAUUGAUUUGAAGCCUGAAGAUAAAGAUCGUCGUCUCCAAGUUGAGGUUUGGGAUUGGGACAGAACGAGCAGAAACGAUUUCAUGGGAGCUUUAAGUUUUGGUAUAUCGGAGAUUAUCAAGAAUCCUGUUGACGGCUGGUUCAAGCUUCUUACAUCGGAGGAGGGUGAAUAUUAUAAUGUCCCUCGCCAGUCUGAGACUAAGGCGAGAUCAGUAAUGCAGGACCCCCUUGUUCCACACAAUAUGCGAGGAAAGGAUAUGAUUAGAGCGCAGGAUUUUAAUUUCCUCAUGGUGUUAGGGAAAGGUUCUUUUGGAAAGGUUAUGCUGGCUGAAAGGAAAGGGACGGAUGAGCUUUAUGCGAUUAAGAUCUUAAAAAAAGAUAUUAUUAUUCAGGACGAUGAUGUAGAUUGUACUAUGGUAGAGAAGCGUGUGCUCGCGAUGGCUCUGAAACCUCCAUUUUUGGUUCAGCUCCACUCAUGCUUCCAGACUAUGGACCGUUUAUACUUUGUAAUGGAGUACGUGAAUGGAGGGGAUCUAAUGUUCCAAAUCCAACAAUGUGGAAAAUUCAAGGAACCCGUUGCAGUGUUUUUUGUUUUUUUUUUUGCAAUUGGUAUUUUCUUCCUCCACAGCCAAGGAGUAAUUUAUAGGGAUCUAAAACUAGAUAAUAUAUUACUAGAUCAGGAUGGCCAUAUAAAAAUUGCGGAUUUUGGUAUGUGCAAGGAGAAGAUUGUGCAUGACGCGACAACCAAAACAUUUUGCGGAACUCCUGACUAUAUUGCUCCUGAGAUAAUCCACUAUCAACCCUACGGGAAGAGCGUGGACUGGUGGGCCUAUGGAGUUCUCCUUUAUGAAAUGCUAGUGGGGCAACCUCCUUUUGAUGGAGAGGAUGAGGAAGAACUGUUUGCUGCUAUAACCGAUCAUCAAGUGUCCUACCCUAAAGCAUUAAGCAAAGAAGCAAAAGAAAUCUGCAAGGGGUUCUUGACGAAGAACCCCGGGAAGCGUCUAGGAUGCGUGGAUAAGGGAGAAGAGGAUAUCCGUACUCAUCAAUUCUUCAGGCGAAUUGACUGGGAUAAGAUCGAGUCUCGUGAGAUUCAACCUCCCUUCAAACCAAAGAUUCGACACCGGAAAGAUGUUUCAAACUUUGACAGACAGUUCACUUCAGAAAACGUCGACCUCACCCCAACCGACAAACUGUUCAUGAUGAACCUUGACCAGAAUGAUUUCGCGGGCUUUUCAUACCUCAAUCCCGAGUUUAUACAGCACGUGUAGGCGGCCAUAUUGAAUCUAAAAUUAAAAUCUAUUUUUAAACUGUCCGUUUUCUUGAAAUUCUAUUCUAAAAUGUUUAUUAUUAAAUACGUAAUAAUUUUUAGUCCUAAGCUUUGAAUAAUUGAAUGAAUGAAAGUGUUAGAGACCAAUAUUGAUUUUAUCUCAAAAGAAAGUUGCAGAUUGUAUUUUAUCUUGAAUGUAAGUUGCAGCACGUUUCUUUUAAAUUCAAACUUGUCAAUGGCAAAGUUAUUUUACCCAGAAAUCCAUCCCAGUAUUUGCAAUUGAUAUUUACUGUGCCAAAAUUUAUAUUUAUUUUUGCAAUAAUUUAUCUCACUGUGAACAAUUUCCCUGUGUACAUUUUAUUUAUUAUUAUUCUGUACUGAUAUUUUAGCAUGUUAGUUAAAUUUGAUUAUCAGGUAUUCAGUAUUUUUAAAAGUAUUUCGGUUUAAGAAAUUCCUUUUUUUAACCCCAUCAUCUGAAAUGAUGUUUUACAUAACUGAAGGCUUAUAUUUUGUUACCACAAUGGUUAAGAGUGUAAAUGCUUAAUAUUUUUCAAUUAUAUUUAUUAUGUAAGUUUAUUUAGUACAAGGAUACCCACAAAGGACAAGACUUCAAAUUAUGGAAAAUAUGUUGUCUUAUUUUUUUGAUCAGUGGUUUCUUGCAGCUAAAGAUGCCAUUAAAUUACUAUCAAUCACUGCAUACUAUCAAAUUCAACCUUUAAAUCUUAAUAUUUGAAGAGUUUGAGGUCGUCAUUAUUGUCUCAUCCGUUGUUAAUAACCUUGUGUUGUUAUUAUAAUGUUAUGAUUUAAACUGUGCCAAAAAUUAUCUGUACUAAUUGUGUACUGCAGAACCCUACUCAUGUUUUAAUCCAUGUUUGGAAUUUUAAUGUAAUAAUAUCUAAAAUCUACAUGUCUUAAAAAUAUGAGUAAUUUCCUAUUAUACGAUUUUUAGACCCCCCCCCCCUUCCUAUCAAUUUUGUACAUAAUGUUUUAUAGAUAUUUAGGUAGUUUUAAAAAAGACACACAUGGAUAAAUUUGGUCUCGUGGCCGCAGCGCUCGGCCCCCUAGCCUGUCCUAGCGCUCGGCCCAGAAAGUGUCUUAACCUAACCUAACCUUAAAAAUAUACUAAUUUUGUUGAAAAUUGUUGAAAUUGAAGGUCUGUCCUGGCCUCGGCGUUCGGCCCGCCCAGAAAUUGUCCCAACUGGUCCCAACCCAACCAUGAAAUAAUACAAAAUAAAUAUUUUUUUUGUUGAAAAUACUGAAAAUUUAGGUUAUGUAUAAAAUUGAUAGGAGUGACCCAAAAUAUGAUUGAAAUAACAUAAUUAUGCACGUGUAAAGGAGGAAAUUUAAAAUGACUUUAGGAAUAAACGCUUCUCUUUAAAAAUAUCUAUUUUCUGAAUUCUGGCAAUUAUUUUAGUAAAACCAAAAAUUAUAAUCAUGAUUAAAGAACUGUAUCAGUAUACCUUGAAACAUUCCAGCUUGUUAAAAUGUAUUAUCUUUGUGUAGAUUUUAUAAUAAACUUAUUCAAACAA